AUGAAGCUCCCGUGGGACAUCAACGCCCCGCAGCUGCCGCAGGAGCCCAAGCACUUCGACAGCUUCCAGGAAUGGCCCGACGGCUACGUGCGCCUCGUGUACCCGCGCGAGGAGAAGAGCGCACAGCGGCCCCUCAGCGGCUGGGCCAUGCGCAACACUGUUAUUUUACCCAUACUGACAGAGAAAGCCUGUCCAAACUGCAAUGCGGCCCUGGAGCUGAUUCCUUGCCGAGGACACAGUGGCUACCCGGUCACCAACUUCUGGAGGCUUGAAGGCAAAGCAAUAUUUUUCCAGGCAAAAGGAGUGCAUGACCACCCCAGGCCAGAGAGCAAAUUGGAGGCAGAGGCAAGAAGAAGUUCAAUUAAGAAGCACGUGUUGUCUUCUCACCAUUCCCAGAAAAAGAGACAUCUAAAUGCAGAGGUGGGAAGAUGCCAUGACAGCAGUGGUUAUAUUGGUAACGUGCAGAAUCUGUCCUGCCUGGAAGGCUCAGACAGGGCUGGUAUCGUUGCUGAUACCAGUUUUCCAGGUCCAGCUCAGUCUUAUCCCUCCCUGCAAAGUGCUGAUCUCUACAAAGCUUCUUGUGACUCAACCAGCUUCCAAGAGGACCAGCUGUCACCGUACCAGAAGUGUCCUAACCCAAGGAUCUAUGUGCCUCGGCCCUGCAGCUAUGAGUUUGGAGUUCCUGCCUUCAUAAACUCCAGCUCUUACCCAACGUUUUACAAAGACGUGACCAGCACUGCUGUUGACGCUGACCCCAUGAGCCUGAACGGAUCACAGUGUCCUUCUGCGACUGUUCAAGAUAAGAGCUUCGAUAACGCUGGUAGGCAUCAUGGACUGAAGCCAGUCUGGGGGAAGGUUGGUGGUGGAGACAGGAGUGACUAUGGACAGGUCCAAGCCAACACCAAUCCUUACUACAGCGGGGAAUAUCCCUGCAGGUACAGCAACAGCACCUCUCCCCUCGCACCGCCGUUACAAACUGUCAUCACCACCACCACCAAAGUGUCCUAUCAAGCCUACAAGCCUGUGGUGAAAUACAGUGACAACCUCUGCGAUGUGAAAAACCUUCAGAGCUAUACCCAUGUGGCAGAAAAUGUCUCGGGCACUAUCUAUUCAGGGAUGAAGAUACAGGAAGACUUUGGGAUGAUAAAGUCAGCGUUGCUUUACCAGCAUGAUCCAGUUCCUACAAAACCCGAGCCAGGGGAGAUCAUGGAGAGCUAUCGGUAUGGACAACUGCCAGUGAACAGCUAUGUGGAGAAUGAAGGGCAGCCCUUAAGGUUUGAGAGUGGUGCAUAUUGA